GGUCACCAACCGGUAAGACAUUUAUCGAUCCCUCUAAGUGAACUUCUGAGCUGACGGAGUUAAAUUGCCUCGCACCAUGGCUCCAUCCAUUUACCUUUCCUUGUUUACCGUUGACUCCAACUACGGGCGGUGAUCGGAUCCCGGAGACGUGGGAAGGCAGGCACGAAGCUCACUUGUUUAUUUUCGAUGGCCUAUUACUUUAUGAGAAGAAAAAGACUCUCUUUUAAAUUCCAAAGUUGGGGUUGUGGUUCCCUUGGCUUCACUCCCUCGAAACCGCCCCCUAAAUCCAGGGCUUCAGACGGCGCAUCUUCCUCUUCUUCAAUCUCCUACGAUUCUGAACUGAGGUUUGCCUUUAAAAAUAAUAAUUUUUUUCUGCGAAAUCCUUCUUCACUUUAAUUUCUAUUGAAAAUUUGGAUUUAUCGACAUGGGCAUGCUUCUUUUUACCUCCGAUUGCCUCUAGAAGAAGAAGGGCUCGAUUUUGAUACCUGGGUUCUUCUUCUUUCUCUUUAUAAUUUUACAUCAGAUUCUAUGGCUUCUUCUUAUAAGCCAAGUAGUAGAUCUCGAUUGAAGGAUGCAGGAUUUCGGCGAGUGCUUCCUUUGACCCUGUUGGUCCUUUUACUUGUUUUGUUUCUUAUUUUCCUAUUCAGUAAUUCAAAAAUUUCUCCUUAUUAUUAUGCUUCCGCGGAACUGCGACAACAAGAAGAGAGAACCUCCUCCUUGCAAGUUCACGGACGUGUGAAAUUAGACUUGAAUUUUAAGCCUAAGUUUCCCAAAAAGACUGAUCUCUCAAUCUCUUUGGAACAAAGAAACAAUUUGCCACCUAGGAACUUAGAUCUUUUCCCAAAUUUAGCAAGUGACCACAUCAAGAUUGUUCUUUAUGUUCACAACCGGCCGCAGUAUCUUCAAAUUGCCGUCCAGAGUUUGUCGAAGGUCAAAGGUAUUGGGGAGACAUUGUUGAUAGUUAGCCAUGAUGGGUACUUUGCUGAGAUGGACAAGAUUGUUCAGACGAUCAGAUUCUGCCAAGUGAAGCAAAUAUUUGCUCCUUACUCUCCGCACUUGUAUUCGAAUAGCUUUCCGGGUGUAUCACCGGAUGAUUGCCAUGAUAAAGAUAAUGCCCAGAAGAAGAAAUGUAGAGGUAAUCCUGAUCAGUAUGGGAAUCAUCGGUCUCCGAGGAUUGUGUCUCUGAAACAUCACUGGUGGUGGAUGAUGAAUACUGUGUGGGACGGUUUGAGCGAGACAGACAAGCACAUUGGUCACAUUCUUUUCAUAGAAGAGGACCACUUUAUUUUUCCAAAUGCUUAUCGGAAUAUUCAGCUACUCACCCAACUAAAGCCUUUGAAAUGCCCCCAUUGCUAUGCUGCAAAUUUGGCACCGUCUGAUGUGAGUGCAAAGGGAGAAGGAUGGGCAAGCUUGAUUGCGGAGAAAAUUGGGAAUGUUGGGUAUACAUUCAAUAGGACUGUUUGGAGAAGGAUCCAUGCAAAGGCCAAACAAUUUUGCACAUUUGAUGAGUAUAAUUGGGAUAUAACAAUGUGGGCUACUGUUUAUCCUUCAUUUGGGAGUCAUGUAUUCUCUCUUAGAGGGCCUAGGAGAAGUGCUGCUCAUUUUGGCAAGUGUGGGUUGCAUCAGGGGAACAACCAAAAAAGUGCUUGCGUUGAUAAUGGUCAGGUGAAUAUGGAAAUUGAGGAGAUAGAUAAGAUUCCAAAUAUUCAGUCAAAUUGGCCAGUCCAUGAGGUUAAGAAGACAGGUGGUUAUCAAGCCGGAUUCAAGGGUUGGGGAGGGUGGGGUGAUGAGAGGGACCACGAGCUUUGCUUAAGUUUUGCAUACAUGUACCAUAUCAAUGAAGCUUCAGCUGAUUGAGGUGCUGCCUUCUGUUUCUUUUGAUCUUCCAGUUUAUGGAUUCUCCUCGGCGUCUCUUUAUCUUUUUCUGAUUUAUACACAGCACGAAGAAGUUUAACCUUUAAUUUUUUUUAACAGUUCAACCCUUCCACUCUACUGUUGAAGGUUUUGUUAUUAGUAUAUUGUUUUCUUGUAUCCCACAUUUAUCUGUUUAAAAGUUACAUCUUGGGUUGUCUGUUAUAUAUCAUGUUAAAAAUGCGAUUUUAGACUUCUGUCUCA